AUGCCACCAAAAUCGAGAAGUAAAAACUCUCGAUCGUUGGUCGAAGAAGGCUCAUCGUCGAACAUUCCGAUCGGAAGACAACUCAAUCCUCACAUUAUCAAAUGUUUGGAAGAUGAAUUAUCUCGAUGUGGGCAGCCUUCUUCUUCAAAUCAUUAUUACCGUACUCUUAGGACUGCCAUAACUUCCAUUGAAGAACAUCCAAAAAAGAUUUAUAAUGGAACCGAAGCAAAGGCUUUGAAGGGAAUUGGAGGUAAAACUGCAUUCAAAAUUGAUAAAUAUUUAAAAGAUAAUAAUAUUGACUUGGGAGUACCUUCAUUAGAAGCAGAAGAUAUUUCUUUGACCAAUCAACAAUAUAUUCAUGACAGUGAUACAUUGUGUGGCGUAUCUUCAUCGUCUGACAAUAAUGGAUCAAAUUCUCGGACAAAACAGAAAAAGAGAAAAAGAAAAUACAUGCCAAAAUUUAAAUCUGCUGCUUGGGCAAUCAUGAUAUCAAUGUAUAGACUUUGUAAAGAAAAUAAUUGUGAAACAGUAACGAAACAACAAAUAGUUGAAACAUGUGGACAAUUAACAGAUACAUCGAUGGAUAGAAGUACGAAUGGGUCUAAUUAUACAGGAUGGAGCUCAAUGAAAACUCUCAUAGAUCAUGAAUAUGUGUUCUCUCAUAAAAAAGGAAAAUAUUGCCUAACAAAAUAUGGAAGAAGGGUAGCAAGAAGACUUCACAAAGCAGAAAAAGACAUGUUCGACAAGACAUUUACAUGGAAUGAAUCUGAAGAAGAGCUUAGCAGUAGUUCUUCGACAUAUUCUCAGGAAGAGCCAUACAUACAAUUGGAAAUUCAUAAUGAUCAAAUGACAUCAAACAAUAUGGAUUUACUUCCACCACAGAACAGCCAGAAACUUGUAAACAUGACACCAAGUCCUGCAAAUUCUGUGUGUACAUCCAUAGUGGAUCAUGUGCGUUCUGAUCGCCUUUCAACACCAAAUAAUAAUCUCAUCCCAUCCUUCUCGGCACCAAUUUUCAUUAUUGAUGAUGAGAAUGACGAUACUGAUUCAAGAAGUAAUAUUGAUUUCCAUAGCUUUGGAAUCAAGGCAUUUUAUGUGGAUGAUCAUCUCAAAGAAACAAUGACACUCAAUAAUGCCAAAAUGAGUAUGGAUAGAAAAAGUGGAUCACUCUGUCGAAUGGUUCGAAUAGUCGUUUCAUGUCCACACAAUCGAUUCAUUUUAGAAGAGCAAAUCUUUGAUUCCAUUCCACAAUAUUCCACGCGAGAAGAUGAUACAAUAAUAGCCACUGGACUUGUAAAAGAAUCGAGAUGUACCGAGAAUGCAAAUGAUUUACUACAUGCACUCAUUGUGGAUCAUUCCUCUUUGGUAUUAUACACACCAAAUCACAAGACUUUACAUUCCAAUCAUGAAUCAAUCACCAUUGUACAAAGUAAGAAGAAUUCAUCACUAACGGAUCAAGAAACCUUAAUAAUGCUUGAUACAUGUCAAUCCAAAAAGAGAAAGAAAUCAUAUGAUGAUACACAAGAUAUGCACCUCCACCUCCACCGCCACCACAUAGCACACUCGAGUCAUCAUCAUGUUUCACCUCCAGAACCCUUAUCACUGUCUGUAUUGCAUCAUGAUAACACAAGAACGGAUCCAUCAGAAUUCCCUGUUACAAAUCUCUCUUUGAACCAUUCCCUCACUGAAAAUACGGUACUACCUGUGAUUGACUUUAAUCACUAUGAUUCAAAGUCAUCCAAUAAUGAAUCAUCUCGACUACAACAGCAUAGCAAUCAACAACGACAUGAACCACGCUACAAGAUUCAUCUCAUUGUGGAUCAGAGAGAACGAACUGGUAGCAAUGAUCGUAAAAUGUUCUGUGAAACACUGUGCAAGAAUCAUGUAGAUGCUCUUAUUCAUCAAUUAGGUGUUGGAGACAUGAUUUGGAUUGCCAAGCCAUGUUCUGAGAAUAGUAACGAAUUAUUAUCACAUCAUGAAGAAGAAGAACAACAACGAGUCAUGUCCUUAAUUUCAUUGUUGAGAGAAAGGACAUGA